CCCCUCCCCACCCCCCAGCGCCCCAUUCGUGACUCGUUGAAGUGUGAGUGUGUUGAGGGUGUUGAGUCACGACAACGGAACUUCCAGGCAGCUGCCGCCGCCGCAUCCCACCCACAGCCCGGAUCUUCCCACCUACCCACCUCCCCACCUCAUACAUAAAGCACAAGCACCACUGCAUGCUGCACAACCCUUACACUUCACCAACUGCAACUACAACUGCAACUUACUUAUCCAUACCCGCUCUCCAAGUAGGUCGGUAGGCUACUACUACUACUACAUCAUCACCAUCGUCACAACGCCUCCUCCUCCUCCACCUCCUCCUCAUCCUACUCCACAUCCCCCGUUCUCCGCCCACCACAACCACCACCGUAGACCCCACCUGCCCCGCCCCCCGCCCCGUCUCGUGUCCGACUCUCCCGCCACAACGAUGGCGCGCACUCCCUCGAUUCCCAUUCCGUCGCCGGCCGGGCACACGACACACGGCUCAUCGCCGUCGCCGUCCAUGUCGCCGUCCAUGUCCAUGUCUCUGUCGCCGUCGCCAUCGUCAUCGCCCCGCUUCGAUCCGUGGGCGCACCACCGGCGUCGGCCAAGUCUUCUCAGCACCUCCUUCAACCGCGCUGAACACACGACCUUUGACCUUGGGAUGCGGGACGGUUCGCCACGCGUGAUCACGUACGUCAAGACGUCGCAGGGCUUCGACUGGAACCAGGACAUCUUUCUGCCCAGCUCGUCCACUAGCGACAUCACCAUCCACAACGGGAUAAACAUGCCCGAAAAGGUCGUCGAGAUCGUGCUCACGGACGAGGACCGGUUUUUGCCUUCAUAACCUGGUCCGGGGGGAGGCUGUGUGUGUGUGUGUGUAGGACGGGCUGGUGCGGGCGUUUUUGUUUAUCUGCUUCUGCGGUUUUGAAUUGUCUUGACUUGUCUUGACUUGUGCUGUUGGUGUUUUUGAUUGAGUUUUGGUUUUUGGUUUUUGGUUUU